GCAGGAUGAAGGUAGAUCCCGGAAGGCUACGAUGAUCAAGUAUAGGGCAGAUCUCAUAGUAUUGCUCCGUUGUCUGUUGCGUUGCUGCUCAGUUCAAGCUUGAGGAUGAGCUCAUGUAUGAGAUGAGUACCGCCCUGAAUUGAUCCAUCCAUGGAACGGCCGCAAGCAGGGCCCGAGAGGAAGCUGCUGUGCCUGAGCACAAUAGGAAAUGUGAGCUCACACAAGUUCAUUGGCGCACACGUUGUGUCAUGUGUUGUGUUGUGUUGCGUCCCUCUCCGUCAGGCGUGGCUGCAGAUCUUCACUUCCACCAUGCUCGACACCAUCAUUGUCCCAGGUGACCACAAGCACAACGCGAUUAAGACAAUCGAGGAUGCUGGAUGGAUGUUCGCAUGCCGCUGGUAUCUGCAGCGUUGCCGUAUGUGUUGAAUCUGUCGCCGCUUCGUGAGUCGGCCGUCUUCUCCGCUCGGCCUGUCAGCUCCAUUAUCGUGACGCCCGUCGCCUCAUGGAUGACGGAGGCUAUGGGAUGGCGGCCACUCAUCAUUUUUCCUGGCGUGCUGCUGACGCUCGGUGAAUGAACCGACACACAGCCAGCCACUCAUGGUUUGGUACGUCAUUCAUCCGUUGGUCGUUUCGUUUCUCUUUGUCCACUCACUCGCUCAGGCAGCAUUGUGUACUUUUACAGAGCCGACUUCACUGUCUAUGUGGCCGCGAGGCUGGUGCAGGGGUGUGCCAGUGCCUUCAUUUGGACGGCGGCACUGGGUGAGCGAGCCGAGCACACCAACCACGUUGGUUGCACCAGUGUGGGCAACACUUACUCCCUCCCUGCCUGCCUGUGUGCCCCCGUGAAUGCAGGUGGCGUUGCGCGCACCCACCCGCCCGAGAUCCAGGCGACGGCGACUGGCCUGGUGAUGACUGCCGACGUUGGAAUCGCAAUAGGCCCGCUGAUUGGGGGCGUGCUUUUUGACUGGGGCGGCACCACGAUGCUCUUCUCGUUUAUGAUAGUGUUCUGUGCUGCGGCGACCGUCGUCACGGCAAUGCUCUUUGCCUUCUUUCCCAACGAUCUGCCGGUGCCCGAGCAUCCGAGUGAGAGCGAGACGCUCAACCACAGCACCAAGGGUUAUCGUGUGUUCUUGAACUACCAUUACGUUGUGGCCGUGGUGGCGGUGUGCUGCAUCUAUGCGUUUGCCACAGCCCUGCCCGCUCUCCUGCCCCUUUACUGGCAUCGCAAGUAGGUAGCCAUCUGCCGUGUUGGUUUCCGUAUGUGUGAGUGUGUCCCCCCCGUGUGUCUGUGUGUCGUGUCUAUGUUAGGUUUGGUCUGAGUGCGACGCUGACGGGUCUUUUGUUCUCGCCAAAUGCAUUCAUCAAGGUGGUGGUGUCACCGGUCGCCACCCUCCUCAGCGACUUCGGGCUCGCCACAUUAACCGGCCAAUACAGCAUCGGUACGGUUGGUACCCUACACGCAUCCGCCGGCCCGUCGCGUGGCAAUGAAUGAAUUUGUGUGGGUGUGCGUGUGUGUGUUAAUGUGCAUUUGUCAGGCCUGUUGUUUGCGUCAGUCUGUUUGGCCUUCAUCGUGACGCCCCCUGACUGGCGUCUACAGGCCUUCCUCCUCACCUUGUUCGGCAUCGGGUUCGGCACCGUCGACACAUGCGCCACCGCCUUCGCCGGCAGCAAAUUCCUGGCCGACAGGAGACGAACCGACUACGGCAUGAGUUACGGGCUGGUGGAGCAAGGCUUCAACGUCGGUGUGCUGCUGGGGCCGCUGAUUGUGGGCGGCCUGACUGAGUGGACCAACUACCACACUGGCUUCAUGACUCUAGGAGCGGUGGGGGCGCUGGUGGCUGUGAUGGCAGUCGUAUCGUGGAAGACCUACAGGCCGCCGUACCCGUCACCGCGUCACGUGUCUGCGGGGGAGCAGAUGCUGAGGCGGGAGCAAGACCAGCUUGCCGCCGCACUGCUGAGAGGCAAGCGACAGCACAGACACACGCAUACACACACACACACACAUACAUGUCAGCUCUUGAUCUAUCCCUUGUGUGCAUGGCAUGUGUGUGUGCAGGUGAGGAGCGGGGCCAGCAAGGCAGGGUUGUGGCAUCCCAAGUCAGCUCCGUCUGUCUAUCUUGAUGUUUCACACCCGCAGCCCAGCCAGACUGAUGGAUGAUGGAUGGAUCAAUCAAUCAGAGACGACUCCGUGUGCCCCUGGUGGCUUUAGGCUUUACUCGUGUGUGGUACAUGAUCACCAAUGCCCUCGCGCUUGUUUACACGUGUCUGUAAACCGCCCUCAGCCGAUUCCCGCCCUUUAGCCAUGGGCUCCUGUUCCCGCGAUGCGGUGUCUGAGUUGGAGCGCCUUUGCCGCGGCCUGUUCCCCAGCAAGCGCAAGGGCCGCCCCGAUAGACCACUAGUCAAGGCCGGUGCCGUGAAGAAGGCUCGGGGAGGAUGGAUGUGCUCAGGGGCCUCAUCCGCACAGACGGUGGCGAGUUCGGUGGACGUGGAGAGUCAGGCGACCCCUGGGGAGGUGCAGGAGGUGCCGCUGGUGGGUUUCUCCCCCUCGCUAUCGACAUCGCACCACCAGAUGCCGGACGAACUCAUAAGUCACGUCUGCACCUUCCUGGUCGGUCGGGUGGGCAGAAAGACGGCUGAAAACAUAUAUGGGUGGAAUACAUACAUCUGUUUGCACUGCAUGGGGAAAGGAGUGUGCGUUCAUUCAUUCAAUUCAGGGUGCGAGGGAUCUGCGCCGUCUUAAGGUGGCGUGUGUCCACUGGGGGAGGAAGGCGGGCGAAAUGGAGGCCCUGAAAUUCGACGACAGGAUCCCCUCACUCAAGCGUCGCAAACCUGCCUUCAUCACCCGACUCAGGCGAUAGACAGCUAACCGGCCGGGCAGCUGCUGGCCGGCCGGAUGGGCAGUGGGGCCUCGCCAUAGGUAGAGGAGGCCGAUCGCGGGCUGCGGGUCAUGACAUGGCUGGAAACACGGGGAUGGUGUAUUGCAUCCUGCGGCUGGGAUGACAAAGCUUCUUUUGCUUUUCGUGUGUUUGCCUUUUCCUCG